UAAUAUUAGUAUGAAGUAUUAAGUGUGAAGUAUGAAAUAAAUAAUUUCGUUUAUAACUCAUCUGGAAAGGUAUCAAGAGAUACCAAGGUGACUUGCCAGUCUAAGAAAAGUUCAGAUGGAUUCCUAUUAGCGUGGCACUAAUCAAAACGUCGGCAUUUACUAUACACGUGUGAUAUAUAUAUAUUAUAUCUAUACUAGUAUAAUAAAGAGAAAAGAUUUGUAUUUUUGUACGUAUUAAAAUAACUCUAAAACUACUAGACCCAUUUAAAAAAAAAUUGUACCAUUGAACUUCUUUACAAAAAUUCGGCGCGAAAGAAGUCGCGGACAAAAGGUACCAACAAAUACUUGUUGUGCUCGACUUUCCCAAUGAUUUUCACUAGAAGAAAAAUAAACCGUGCGAAUAAAGAUACCGUUUUAACUAAUCUAGCUCCAGAGUAAUUGGAAACCAACGUCAUGUUACAAAACCCCAGCGCUAAAGUCUUACAUUUGAGUAUGAUUCACUACGAGCUGUUUACUUGAAUUUAAUUAACAAUUAUUUGCCGGUCAAUAUAAAAGGGAAUUUUCAGUACAAUAACAUAAUCAAUCAGAAGCGUGCUAACGACGAUAUGUGGGCCGCACUGCUCGGUGUCCUGAGCCUCGCUGUCUUCGGGCAAGCAUGUACCCCCAGCGUGACGACUGUGAGCGGCUCUCACGCGCCCGUCACUGUCUGCUCCGGUGCUAUGAUCUUCGCCGACGACUUCACCGAAUUCGACCUCGAGAAGUGGCAACAUGAAAAUACUCUUGCAGGAGGCGGUAACUGGGAAUUCCAAUACUAUAACAACAACCGCACCAACUCGUUCGCUCACAACGGACUUCUGUACAUCCGUCCCUCUCUGACGUCUGAUCAAUUUGGCGAAGCUUUCCUCUCCAGCGGCCAUCUAAACAUUGAAGGGGGUGCACCGGCAGACAGAUGUACCAAUCCUCAAUGGUACGGUUGCGAGCGCACAGGCACUCCGAGCAACAUCCUUAACCCGAUCAAGAGCGCACGCAUCCGCACUGUCAACUCGUUCAGCUUCCGCUACGGCCGCGUCGAGGUGCGCGCCAAAAUGCCCGCUGGAGACUGGCUAUGGCCCGCAAUUUGGCUAAUGCCGGCUUACAAUUCAUACGGUACAUGGCCGGCGUCGGGCGAGAUCGAUCUGGUGGAGUCCCGGGGUAACCGCAAUAUGUUUAGUAACGGCGUUCACAUCGGCACCCAGGAAGCCGGAUCAACCUUGCACUUCGGCCCCUAUCCUAACCUCAAUGGCUGGGAACGUGCUCAUUGGGUGCGUAGGAACAGUGCGGGAUAUGACAGAGCUUUCCAUCGUUAUCAGCUCGAAUGGACCCCAGACUUCUUGCGAUUCAGCAUUGACGAUGUGGAACUAGGGCGAGUGACCCCAGGCAGCGGCGGUUUCUGGCAGCUCGGAGGUUUCGAUAGACAAAAUGUUGAGAAUCCCUGGCGAUACGGCUCCAAGAUGGCACCUUUCGACCAAAAGUUCUAUCUCAUAAUAAACUUGGCGGUCGGUGGUACCAACGGAUUCUUCCCUGACGGUGUUUCCAAUCCUGUUCCCAAGCCUUGGUGGAACGGAUCGCCCACGGCUUUAACCGACUUCUGGAAUGGACGAUCUGGAUGGCUGCCCACAUGGAACUUGAACUCUAACGACGGACAAGACGCAUCGCUUCAAGUUGACUAUGUACGAGUAUGGGCACUCUAGACGUUGCUUACAAUGACUCAAACAUGACAAAGUUGUACUGUAAUUUGUGGCAUUUAUAUAAGUAAAUGAAUUUUAAAAAAAAACUUUUUUGUCGUAUGAUAUUAUAG